CAGCGGCCGAGGGAGCAACCGCAGCCGCCACGGCAUCCCUCUCCCCCAAAGCCUGGGGUUUCCACAGGCCACGAGAGCCACAGCCAGUCCUCCUCCCCGCGCCGCCGCUCCGCAAACCCUAGGCCGCACCAGGUGAACCGGCGACCGGCGAAUCAACCCGUCCCCGCGGCGAGCCAUGAGUAAGCUAUCGACCGACGCCCUCAAGGAGGCCAUCACCCAGGUGGUGGCGGACGCCAAGGAGAAGAACAGGAAGUUCACCGAGACGGUCGAGCUCCAGAUCGGCCUCAAGAACUACGACCCGCAAAAGGACAAGCGUUUCAGCGGUUCCGUCAAGCUGCCCCAUGUCCCUCGCCCCAAGAUGAGGGUCUGCAUGCUCGGUGAUGCCCAGCAUGUGGGAGAGGCUGAAAAGAUUGGUCUUGAUUCCAUGGAUGUUGAAGCUCUUAAGAAGAUGAACAAGAACAAGAAGCUUGUCAAGAGGCUUGCCAAGAAGUACCAUGCUUUCUUGGCCUCGGAGGCUAUCAUCAAGCAGAUUCCACGUCUCCUUGGUCCUGGUCUCAACAAGGCAGGAAAGUUCCCGACCCUGGUUUCUCACCAGGAGUCUCUGGAAGCCAAGGUGAAUGAGACGAAAGCCACAAUCAAGUUCCAGCUCAAGAAGGUGCUGUGCAUGGGCGUCGCGGUGGGCAACCUGUCGAUGGAGGAGAAGCAGAUCCAGCAGAACAUCCAGAUGAGCGUCAACUUCCUGGUUUCCCUGCUCAAGAAGAAUUGGCAGAACGUGAGGUGCCUGUACAUCAAGAGCACCAUGGGGAAGCCGGUCCGGGUGUUCUAAGCUCGUGCCCCUGCCGCCCCACCCUAUAUCAAUGCUACCUACAGUACUGGACCUCCUUACUAUGUUUCAAGCUCAAAUAUGUCUACUCGUCGUAGUUUUUAUCGAAUUUUGCGCGUGUCCUGGUUAAUGAAGAUGAUGAAAAGACCACUACUGUUUCCCCUGAGUUGUGAUUCUGAUGGAACAUUAUGUUUCAUCAAGAUCAUUCCAGUACCUGUUAUAUAUAAUGUUGUGGUUGCAUGUUU